AUGGUAGCAUCUACGAUGAUGUCGACUUCUGCAGCUGCGGAAGCUGGUGCCCUUUUUUCUCGCAAAACCACAGCAAUUUUUUACAACUACAAGAAGAAUCCGAUCCAGCGUAUGCUUGAUUUCGACUUUAUCUGUGCACGAGCCGAGCCCAGUGUAGCAGCGAUCGUAUCACCUGGUGCGACACCAGGAGGAUUUCAGAAAGCCUUCUUCGGGAAGGAAGAGGUCGCCAUUCCGGUCUAUGGUUCUACAGAGGCUGCUGCCGCCGCCCAUCCGAGCUCCGACGUCUUUAUCAACUUUGCGAGUUACCGUUCCGCAUAUUCCAGCUCGUACGUCGCGCUCAAACAACCGUCCAUCCGCACCAUUGCAAUUAUCGCCGAAGGAGUUCCAGAGAGGGACACCAAGAAACUGAUCACCUACGCCAACCGCAACUCCAAGGUAAUUAUAGGACCGGCAACUGUUGGUGGUGUUCAGGCCGGUGCCUUCAAGAUUGGUGACACCGCGGGAACCGUAGAGAAUAUCAUCACAUGCAAAUUACAUCGCCCGGGGAGCGUUGGCUUCGUUUCAAAGUCAGGCGGGCUCAGCAAUGAGAUGUACAACGUGCUUGCUCGCGUCACGGAUGGCCUUUACGAGGGGAUCGCUGUUGGCGGUGAUGCGUAUGCUGGAUCGGGUUUGGCAGAUCACGUCCUGCGCUAUCAGAGUAUGGACGAAGUUAAACUUGUCGUCUUGCUUGGCGAACUAGGAGGUAGUGAUGAAUACGGAGUCGUCGAAGGACUCAAAGAUGGGAGGAUCAAAAAACCUGUUGUGGCUUGGGUUAGUGGAACUUGCGCGAAUUGGUUUAAUGCCGCGGAAGUGCAGUUUGGGCAUGCCGGAGCCAAGUCUGGCGGUGAAGACGAGGGGGCCGAGGCGAAGAACAACGCGCUACGAGAUGCUGGGGCGCAUGUUCCGGAAAACUUCGAUGGCUUUGCCGACUUGAUAGCCUCCGUUUACCAAGACAUGGUGAAGGACGGUUCACUAAAGCCCGCCGAGGAUGUGGAGCCACCGAAUCUGCCUCAGGAUCUUGCAUCGGCAAUCAAGGCUGGAGAGGUCCGCAAAACUACUAACAUCGUGUGCACAAUCUCCAAUGAUAUGGGCGAAGAACCGACAUACGUUGGAAUUCCAAUCUCAGAGAUUAUGAAGGAUUAUACAAUGGGAGAUGUCAUCUCCUUGCUGUGGUUCAAAACGCUAUUCCCCAAGUGGGCGACGAAAUUCAUAGAACUCGUUCUUGUGACUGCCGCUGACCAUGGGCCCUGUGUGUCAGGUGCUCACAACACAAUCGUGGCAGCAAGAGCUGGAAAGGACUUGAUCUCCUCUCUGUGCAGUGGUCUCCUGACAAUUGGGCCAAGAUUUGGAGGUGCUGUAGAUGCAGCUGCGAUCAACUUCAAACGUGCGUGCGAUUCUCAAAUUCCUCCAGAUGAGUUUGUGGAGAGUCUGAAGAAGAAGGGGCAAAGAGUUGAAGGGAUCGGGCAUCGUAUCAAAACAGCCGAAAACCGGGACAAACGCGUGGAGCUUCUCGCCAACUACGCGAAGCAGCACUUUCCCGAAAUGGGGACUUUCCUCUACGCCAAAAAAGUGGAAGAAUACACGCUACAGAAGGCGAACAACUUGGUGCUCAAUAUUGACGGUGCCAUUGGCUCCUUGUUUGCAGACAUGCUAAAGGGAGUCGGGAAGUAUUCGGAUAGUGAGGUUAUGGAAGUUUUGGAACUGGGAGGCUUGAAUGGUUUGUUUACAUUGAGCCGUAGCAUUGGGUUUAUCGGCCAUGCGCUGGACCAGAAGCGGAUGAAGCAGCCGCUUUAUCGUCAUCCAUGGGAUGACGUGCUGUAUGCGGAACCGGAACGUCCGAGUAGGUUGGCCAAUGGCGAAGACGAAGAAUAG